AUGGGGAGCAUUCAGUAUCCCCCUACAGAAACAAAUAUGCCCAUGCAUACAGACAGCAGCAGCAAGCAUUUAUUGUCUCUUAGGGUACAAGUUGAAUUCUACAUGAAUGAAAAUACAUUUAAAGAGAGGCUAAAGCUAUUUUUCAUCAAAAACCAAAGAUCAAGCCUCAGAAUACGCUUGUUCAAUUUUUCACUCAAGUUACUAAGCUGUUUCUUGUAUAUAGUCCGAGUGCUCCUGGAUGAUCCAUCUCAGCAACAUGGAUGUAAGGAAUUAAUCCGAGGAUGUUCCGGUCAGAACAACACUCCUGCAAAAAUAGAUUGGUCGCCUAUUAUUUGGGUGAACAGAAGCUUGCCUUUAUGGGGACUACAGGUAUCAGUGGCUUCAAUAAGUUUGCUGGAAACCAUACUUCUGAGCUAUCUCAGCUAUAAAGGAAAUAUAUGGGAACAAGUUGUGCGGAUUCCUUUCCUAUUGGAAAUUAUUAAUGCUAUUCCUUUUAUCAUUACAAUUUUCUGGCCUGCCUUAAGAAAUUUGUUUAUCCCAGUAUUUCUAAACUGCUGGUUGGCCAAACAUGCUUUGGAAAAUAUGAUUAAUGAUCUCCAUAGAGCCAUCCAGCGCACACAGUCUGCAAUGUUUAAUCAAGUUUUGAUUUUAAUAUCUACAUUGCUGUGUCUUAUCUUCACGUGUAUUUGUGGAAUUCAGCAUCUGGAACGAGCAGGAAACAAGCUGACUCUGUUUGACUCCCUUUAUUUCUGCAUUGUGACAUUUUCCACUGUGGGCUUUGGGGAUGUUACUCCUAAGAUCUGGCCUUCAAAGCUACUGGUUGUUAUUAUGAUCUGUGUUGCCCUUGUAGUGCUACCAAUACAGCUUGAACAGCUGGCGUAUUUGUGGAUGGAAAGACAGAAAUCAGGUGGAAAUUAUAGCCGACACAGAGCUCAAACAGAGAAGCAUGUGGUAUUAUGUGUCAGUUCUCUUAAGAUUGACCUGCUUAUGGAUUUCCUAAAUGAGUUUUAUGCUCAUCCUAGACUCCAGGACUACUAUGUGGUGAUCUUGUGCCCCACUGAGAUGGAUAUUCAGGUUCGAAGAGUGCUACAAAUCCCAAUGUGGUCCCAAAGAGUUAUCUAUCUGCAAGGUUCAGCACUGAAGGAUCAAGACCUGCUAAGAGCGAAGAUGGAUGAUGCUGAGGCAUGUUUCAUUUUAAGCAGUCGCUGCGAAGUGGACAGACCUGCAGCUGAUCAUCAGACCAUUUUAAGAUCUUGGGCAGUUAAAGAUUUUGCACCUAAUUGUCCUCUCUAUGUACAGAUACUGAAACCUGAAAAUAAGUUCCACAUCAAAUUUGCAGAUCACGUCGUAUGUGAGGAAGAAUUCAAGUAUGCAAUGUUAGCUUUGAACUGCAUUUGUCCAGCUACAUCCACACUCAUCACAUUGUUAGUUCAUACCUCAAGAGGACAGGAGGGCCAACAGUCACCAGAACAGUGGCAGAAAAUGUAUGGCAGAUGCUCUGGUAAUGAAGUGUAUCACAUUAACCUGGAGGAGAGUGUAUUUUUUGCUGAAUAUGAGGGAAAGAGUUUCACAUAUGCAUCCUUCCAUGCACAUAAAAAAUUUGGUGUCUGCUUAAUCGGUGUCAGGAGGGAAGAUAACAAGAAUAUUUUGCUGAACCCAGGUCCCCGCUAUAUAAUGAGCUCCUCCGAUAUAUGUUUUUAUAUCAACAUCACAAAAGAAGAAAAUUCAGCUUUUAAGAAGCAGGAGCAACACCGAAAGAAUCACUUAUCCAGGUCAUUUUAUCAUGGCCCUUCUCGAUUGCCAGUGCACAGCAUAAUUGCUAGCAUGGGAACAGUAGCUAUAGAUUUGCAAGACACAAGUUGCCGAUCUCCUAGUGGGCCUACUCUGAACCUUCCUUCAGAGGCAGGCAAAACCGGCAGGAGGCCAAGCAUAGCACCAGUUUUAGAGGUUGCCGACUCUUCAGCACUUCACACCUGUGACCUCUUAAGUGACCAGUCAGAAGAUGAAACAACACCUUCCGAUGAAGAAGUUUCAAAUGGCCUAGAGUACCUGAAAGGUUAUCCUCCUUACUCCCCGUAUAUAGGAAGUUCUCCCACCUUCUGCCAUUUGCUUCAUGAGAAAGUGCCAUUUUGCUGUCUAAGGUUAGAUAAGGGAUGCCAGCAUAACUACUAUGAAGAUGCCAAAGCUUAUGGAUUCAAGAACAAAAUUAUUAUAGUUGCAGCAGAGACUGCUGGAAAUGGCCUCUACAACUUUAUUGUUCCUCUCAGGGCUUAUUAUAGACCAAAGAAAGAACUCAAUCCAAUAGUACUACUGCUGGAUAAUCCGCCAGAUAUGCAUUUUCUGGAUGCCAUCUGUUGGUUUCCAAUGGUUUACUACAUGGUGGGCUCUAUUGACAACCUAGACGAUUUACUAAGGUGCGGUGUGACUUUUGCUGCCAACAUGGUCGUGGUUGACAAAGAAAGUACGAUGAGUGCUGAAGAAGAUUACAUGGCAGAUGCUAAGACUAUUGUAAAUGUACAAACCCUCUUUAGGUUGUUCUCCAGUCUCAGCAUAAUUACUGAAUUAACUCACCCAGCCAACAUGAGAUUCAUGCAGUUCAGGGCCAAAGACUGCUAUUCUCUCGCUCUGUCAAAAUUGGAGAAGAAAGAGCGAGAGAAGGGCUCCAAUCUGGCAUUCAUGUUCCGGUUGCCUUUCGCUGCUGGUAGAGUCUUCAGUAUCAGCAUGCUGGAUACCCUGCUGUAUCAGUCAUUUGUUAAAGAUUAUAUGAUCUCCAUUACAAGACUUCUUCUGGGACUAGAUACUACACCAGGAUCUGGGUUUCUUUGUUCUAUGAGAAUCACAGAAGAUGACUUGUGGAUCAGAACAUAUGCCAGACUUUAUCAGAAGCUUUGUUCCUCUACAGGAGACAUCCCAAUUGGAAUCUACAGAACGGAAUCACAGAAACUUGCAACAUCUGAGUCUCAGAUUUCAAUCAGUGUGGAAGAAUGGGAAGACACUAAGGAUGGUAAAGACCAAUUUAACUACCAAAGUAACCACCGCAAUUCAACCUCCAGUGAUCAGUCAGACCAUCCUUUGUUACGACGAAAAAGUAUGCAGUGGGCUCGUCGGCUGAGCCGGAAAGUGCCAAAGCACUCUGCAAAAACAGCAGAAAAGAUAAGUCAGCAAAGAAUGAAUCUUUACAGAAGGUCAGAAAGGCAGGAACUUGCUGAAUUGGUGAAAAACAGAAUGAAACAUCUGGGACUUUCAACUGCAGGUUACGAUGAAAUGAAUGAUCACCAAAACACCCUUUCUUACAUUCUUAUCAAUCCAUCACCAGACACUCGCCUUGAACUGAAUGAUGUUGUAUACUUGAUCCGCCCAGAUCCGUUGUCGUAUGUUCCAAACACUGCAUCCAGCCGGAAAAAUAGCUUCUGCAAUGCCAUCGGGCAGGACACCAGGGAAGAAACCCAGCUUUGAUACAUCACACAGAUUAUUGACAAAAAGACAUUUUUAUACAAGUAGCUGUUUCGAAAUUUAGUGAAAAUAAGUUGAUGUAAUUAUUACAUCUGGAACUUUUAGAAGAAUUAGCAUAAUGGUCAACUGAUGCUAACUGAAGAACUGUCUCUCUGAAAUUACAGAAAUGAUUCCAAAAAGCUGUGUAUGGUUUCUAAACAGUUAUUCUGAACAUGGAGCUAAAAUAGACAAAAAUGCAAUGAAAUCUAAGCGAGUGUGCCCAUUGUUUGGUGUUGCACAAUGAAAGAAGAUAUCCCUCGCCCCCC